AUGCAAGCCUUGGGGAAGACGCUCCGCUCGCUCGGGCAAUCGUUGGACAAGGUCGGCGUGGCCCUCGAGGGCCGCCUCACCUACACGGAGCGCCUGGUUCCGUCGACGCGCCUUGUGGCCAACGCCGGCAACAAGCCCGUGCUCGCCGAAGGCGCCUUCGUCGCCCCGAACGCGUCGGUCGUCGGCGAAGUCUCCAUCGGCAAGGGCUCGUCCGUCUGGUACGGCGCGACGGUCCGCG